GGACGGCGCCCUGUGCUGUGGCCGAAUUGUCUUGCGAGCAAAGCUGCACUGAGCCCGUGAAGUGUUAACAACUUGCGAACUAAUGGUGAUCCUGGAUGGCUCGUUGCGUUCCACGAUGCUGACGAACGGCACCCACAGCUACAUCCAGCCGGACCCGUUCUCACCAGUCCACUCGGCGAUGGACUCCAAGUCCUCGCCGCUGGCCAUGCUACAGAAGACAUGCUCGCAGAUCGGCGCCGACACCAUCGCCGCCAAGCCGCCGCCGCCGCCGCCGCCGCCCGACAAGAAGAAGGAGGAGACGCGGAAGGAAUCGCCGGUCGCCGAGCGGCCCGCCUUCAAACCGUACGAGCUGGAGAGCCGGGCCGAGGAGCAGGCGUCGGACCCCGAGCCGGCGACGGACCGCGACCGCGCCGAGCUGGUGACGGCGGCGCUGCGGCCGACGCCUCCGGGCCUGCCGGGGCUGUACCCGACCGCCGCGUACCUGGGCCUGCAGCACCACCGGCCCGGUGACAAGUGCCAGAGCCCGUACUGUCCGUGCGCCUUCAGCACGCCGCACGGCUACGGCGCGCCCUGCCCCGCCGGCUGCGCCCAGUGCGAGCACGCCAAGGCUCUGGGCGGCGCGCUCGGCUCGGCGCAGCUUCACUCGCCGUACCUGGCGCUGGGCUCGCCUUUCUACCCGCCUCUGGCGGCGGCCGGCGCCGGCGUGGCGCCUGUCGUCUGCAGCUGGAUGGCCGACGGCCGCUACUGUGGCAAGCGGUUCGCCAGCACCGAGGAGCUGAUGCAGCACCUGCGCUCGCACACGAGCCUGUCGCCGGCCGAGCCCGGCUCUCUGGCGGGGGCUUAUUACGCGCCUUACUCGGCCCUGUACGCCCGGCCGCCCGCGCUGCCCUGA